AUGGCGGCCAUCCGAAGGCAGAGAGAAGCCGAUGCCCGCGAGCUGGCCGAGCUACGUCGACAAAAUGCUGAGCUCCGAAACCUGAACCAAACUUACGUUCCAUCCACUUCCACGCUAGCGGAAGAGUCCGCCUAUCACGCCCCGACUGAGCAGGUCACCCGAACACCGAUCACCUCUCUGAUAGCUAACAUGGUCGACACCCCCUCUCACUCCCUGAGGCACCCCUUCUCUCGUAGAAUAAUGGAGGCAACACUGCUGGACCAUUGGAAGAGCUUGCCGAUUGAGAAGUAUGACGGGUCGUCUGACCCCGAGGAACACUUGAACGUUUUUCUGACUCAAGCAACCCUCUCCACGCAAGACGACUCGGCGUUGUGCCGGAUAUUCCCCACGUCGCUGAAAGGAAGGGCUUUGAGUUGGUUCACAAGACUGCCGAGCGCCUCCAUUGACUCGUUCAACGAAUUAUCGUCCCAGUUCACCCUACAAUUUGCAACGAGCAAGCCUUACAAGACGACCUCUUUAGCCUUGGCGGGGAUUGGUGAUCUUAAUCCCGCCGUGGCAUUGGACCGGCUAAACACGGCCCUCAGGCCGGGACCAUUUGUUAACAGCUUGUGCAAGAAGCUGCCAGCCGAUAUGAACGACCUCCGGCGCCGAGCCGAGAAGUACAUGCAAAUGGAAGAGCUUGCAGAGACCCGGAACCAGGCUAGGGUCGAAGAAAAUUAUAGCCGAAAAGAAUCUGGCCGAGAGCAAGUAAAGAAAAUGAACGCCGAGCCCCCAAAUACUCGCCCCCCGAGAGGACCUCGCUACACGGCGUAUACUCCCCUCAAUGCGAGUAGGGCCAAAGUAAUGGAACAGGCCCUUGCAUCAGAGAUCCUUGCGAUGCCGAGGAGGGCGAACACGCCCCCCAGAGCCGACAAGGCCAAGACGUGCCGAUUCCACCGAAACAGGGGGCACUCCACCGAAGAAUGCUCAGCGCUGAAGGACAAGCUCGAGGACCUUAUCAAGCAGGGUCACCUAAGAAGCUUUAUCACCCCCCCAAGACCACCAGUCAAGGGAGAGAGACCACCACUCCCGCGAAGCUCGUCUGCCAAGAGACUGACGUCGCCGAUCACGUUCGCCCAAAAGGCAAGAUCGAUCGCAGCGCCCCAGGGAAGACAAUGA